CAACUUUCCUCAACCCGCCAUAUUUGUUUCAGCAGUGUGUUGAUAUGUGUUGGAGCAAUUGUUAGCUGACAUAUAUCAUUCCACUUCUCUUACUUGUAAAGAAAUGGUUACACAUUUAUAAAAGUCAAUCGCUUAUUGUGCGUGUCUAGCGGAUAUUAUCUGGAAUGUACCGGCGCGGGGGGAGCAAGAAGGAGCAUAAUAAAGCGGCUAAGGAGCAGAGCGACAGUAGCAAGUAUGCGGAGCUGCUGGUGUUCGGCUACGCCUGUAAGCUGUUCCGGGACGAUGAGAGGGCCAGCUACCACGAUCAGGGCAAACACCUUAUCCCAUGGAUGGGGGACAAGAACAUCAUGAUCGAUAGGUCGGUUAAACAAACCUAAUGGGAUUCAUUACUUAACCAACUUAAUGUCUUCCAAAGGGACGCUGGAUGUAUUGUGUUGUUUUGCAGCACAGGAGGAGCUGAUAUCAUUGUGCGAUGUUUACAUGGCCAAACGUGAAUAAAAGAAACUUGACAAUGACAGAUCUAAGAUAACUUGCUUGGAUUGUGAUUUUUUUGUAAGCUCAAUGAGCUGUCAAAACUGUCAAAUGGUUUCAACAAGAAGUUUAAACCAGCCUAAGAUGUUUUGCUGGUUUAAGCUGGUCUUCAAGCUUGGCCAAGAUGGUCAUUAGCUGGUCUUCUGGCCAAGCUGGUGCUCAAUCCGAAAAGCUAAAAAGUAUCCAGAUGCCUUUUAAAACCAUCAGAGAGACCAGCUAACCAGCUUAGGCUGGUUUAAGAUGUUUUUAUUUUCCUGUGCAGGGUUAGGGGAUGUUUUAAAUCUGAAGCAGAGUCCUUGCUCGCCUGCCCCUCACUUAUAUAAUUUAAAAUGAAUUUAACUAGUCACAUUGGCUAGUUAAUAUAUUGGAUAGAAUAAAUGAAUAUUAAUCAUAAUAUGAACCUUAUGUACUGGGCAUGUCAUGUGAGGCCUCUGCUUCUUAACACUCUUUGAUUUUGCUGUGGUCACAUUUAUAUUGCAUUCAUACGAUUAAAUGCAAACCAUAGCAAAUUCACAUUAGAUUAGCCUGCUACUGUAAAUUAGUCCGUGCAUUAAGGUGGUUCUCACAUAUGUGAUCCAUGAAUUGAAUUCCAUUAUAUGAGUUCUGCAGUCUAACAUUGUUCUUUUGCAGGAAGCCAGUCUUUUGACAAGUAGUCAGUCAAAUAUUGUGUUCUUUGUCUGUUUUCUCUCUUCCUCAUCGCUUUUUCCAGUUCAGCUGCAGACCUUUUGAAAAUGUGAAAAUUGAUAUCAAGCCAGGAGUGUUUUCAAACGCAGCGGGUUGCAUUGAGCCACCUUAAUCUGCAUGGAUCUGUUUCUUGUUUCCAAUGUGUAUGUGUGUGUCUCUCUAUCACGUAAUACAGAACUUAUUUCCUCAGCAAUUAAGGCUAAGGGGUCCCGCCAGGCCCCAAUUGCCACCUCAUCGCCCACUUCUCUCUUUUGCCGAAGAAACUGGAACUGAGAAGUGGAAAACAGGAGCGAGCGCAGGAAAAUUUCCUCCAUAUGGGUUCUUACGGAUAGGUACGAUGGCCGCGGUCAUUUACAUGAUCUUUCGGAAUAUGACGCAGGCUCGUGGAAUCACGACUACCAGCUGUCCGAGGAGGAGGCCAGGAUAGAGGCUCUGUGUGAUGAGGAGAGGUACCUGGCUAUGCACACUGAUCUACUGGAAGAGGAAGCCAGACAAGAGGAGGAGUAUAAAAGGCUGAGUGAAGCUUUGGCCGAUGAAGGAACCUACAAUGCAGUGGCCUUCCGUUACAGUGCAGACUACUACGACCCCUCCCAGCCCACUGAGGAAGAGGAGGCCAACAAAGAAGCAGAUCAAGAGCAGCCAGAGGAAGAGAGUGAGGAGCCGUUUGUGGCGCCCCCUGGCCUCCUCAUCCCUCCGGAUGUAGAGCUGCCUGCGACCACCAAGACGCAUGCUAUUAUUGAGCGCACCGCCAACUUCGUAUGCAAGCAGGGGGCCCAAUUUGAAAUUGUGCUAAAGGCAAAGCAGGCUGGGAACUCUCAGUUUGAUUUCCUGCGGUUCGACCACUAUCUGAACCCUUACUACAAACACAUUUUACGAGCUAUGAAGGAGGGGAGAUACACACCAGCCUCAGAGGGCAAGCAGGACCAGCAAACGGAAUCAAAGUCAGACGAUUCUGAUGACGAUGAUGAUGGCGAUGGAAACUACCUGCACCCGAGUUUGUUUGCAUCCAAGAAGAGUUCUCGUCUGGAGGAAAUAAUGAAGCCUCUCCAGGUCAUUGACCCAGAUCACCCAUUGGCAGCGCUCGUUCGAAAAGCCCAACAGGAGAAUAAUGGUGCUGUGGCGAUGGCGCCCAAAGCAGAGGAAGAGCAUCAGCCGGCGCCAGUAACCACACAGGUGGAAUACAGCUCUGACCCAAUGUACUAUGGCUACUGUAUGUUGCCUGAUGGUACGUAUUGCAUUGCCCCGCCGCCACCUGGGAUUGACGCCAGCGCCUAUUACACCUCGCUGCCUGCUGCCAUGAUGUCAGCACCUCCUGCAUCUGGUCCUCCUCCUCCCCCUGGCACCACACCUUUGUUGGAUCCUACAGCUGCAAUCCCAUCAGCCACUGUCGCAGGUCCAGUCACGGUGUCAGCUCCUGCGUCUGCUCCGCUCUCCCAUUCUGCUCCUGCUGCCCCUCCAACUUCCAGUUCUCGGCCUCCUCAAACCACCGUCGCCUCGGCGGUGGCGGCCCCUGCCGCCCCUGUCGCAGCCAUCAUCCCUCCGCCUCCCGACAUCCAGCCUGUCAUUGACAAACUAGCUGAAUAUGUGGCCAGAAACGGAGUGAAAUUCGAGACCAGCGUGCGUGCCAAGAAUGACCCGCGGUUUGACUUCCUGCAGUCCUGGCACCAGUACAACUCCUAUUAUGAGUUUAAAAAGCACUACUUCAUGCAGAAAGAAGGCCUGAGUGUGCAGGAGGGUUCCUUGCUUUACAACAGUGGGGGUGACAGCACAGCAGACUGCUCUUCAGGCAAGCAGGAAAAUGAGGGCAAGCUCCUUAAAGCCUCUUUUGCGCCUAUCUGCUUCGCCAUAAAGUCGAAAGAAAAUGACCUUUUGCCUCUGGAGAAGAAUCGUGUACGGCUGGACGACGACUCGGAUGAGGAUGGGAUGAAGGGGGAGGUCCAAGAGGGAGUAGAGUUGGCCAUAGGAUUGGUUGAGGCAGCCAAAGAGCCUCCUCAGCCUCCAUUGACUGAGGAGAAGAAACCAGUACUGUCCCAGGAAGAGCAAGAAGCCAAACAAGCCAAACAGAAGCUGGAGGACCGGUUAGCAGCAGCAGCGAGAGAGAAACUGGCCCAGGCCUCCAAAGAGUCUAAAGAGAGGCAGCUUCAGGCUGAGCGCAAGAGGAAAGCCGCCCUAUUCCUGCAAAAUCUGCGAGGGCCGGAGGCUGAGGCCAAGCGUACAGAGGAAACCGCUGCUGCAUCUGAGCCAUUGGUGUCGACCCUUCCCAUGAGCGGUAUCCCUCAACACGCUUCUCGUAUACCAGGCUUUGACUAUCAGCCCCUGGAAAACGCACUAUCAAGGAGCGCAAACACCCCCGCUUCUCGUGUGAUCACCUCUUCCGCCUCGUCUUCCUCUCGUGGGCCCGAAAGGGACCGGGAAAGGGAUAGGGAUCGAGAACGGGACAAGAGGAAGAAGAAACACAAGAGAAGGUCUCGGUCCAGGUCCCGUUCACGCUCCAGAUCCAAAUCCAAAACCAAGCACUCUUUGCCCAGUGCCUACCGCACCUUCAGGAGAUCCAGGUCUCAGUCUCGUUCACCCGGCCGCAGAGACCGACGAGCUCGCUCUUUGGAGAGAAAGCGUGACGAGAGGGAAAAGGAAAGCUACGGUCCAAGCACCUACCGCCUUGGCAGCAACCCAGCGCUGGGCAGGAAACGCUCUAGAUCAAGAUCGCCUCAUGAAAAGAAGAAAAGGAAGAGUUCAAAGGCAUCACACCAUUUUAAGGGUUCUUCCUGUUCGCCCUCGGCAUCCCCUGACAGAAGCGGAGCUGUGGCCAGAGUCUCUGCAAGCCCCUCCCCUGCCACAAGCCCCGCCUCCAGCUUGGGGAGGUCCAGGGAUGGCUCUCAGGAGAAAGACAAACAAGUGUCCUCCACUAUUGUCUCUUCAGUGCAAACCAAAAUCACUCAGGACCUCAUGGCGAAAGUGCGAGCAAUGCUCGCUGCCUCGAAAGGCCUUCAGCCGAACUCCUCCUGAGAGAGUCCCACAACAUCCAGGCAGGAUCAAUCUCCAGCUACAUCUCGCACGGCAGCAGUAGCCCUCCGGCCAACUGCUGGACUGCUGUUCGUCUGACAAGCUGCGCAAUGCUGGACGCUUUUAUCCCUUUAUGUAUGCCUGUUUGGACCUUGCUAGUUAGUUAGAUGUUUUUAUUUCGCCUCCAGAUUAGCAUUAGGCCUGGAGAUCUUCUUUAUUUUGAAGGUGCAGUUGGAACCCAAGCAGGUGUAGAAAGACACAAAACCAGCAGCAGAUGGUGGAGCCUCGGUCCUGCUGUGUGUUUAAGCUGUAAGGCAACAACAAGAAAGAAGUAUUAGAGGCAUAAUUCCUUGGAUGCAACUAAAAACAAAUUUAAAUUGCGUUCUGAUGACUGAGCUUUUUCCUUUGUAAUAUUGUGUCUAGCAGAGGGACACGGUUAUAUCCUUCUGUGAAGGAUAAUACUGUUUAUUUUCUCACCUCCUUUUUUCCUCUUUCUCUGAGCUCUUUCCGAUAUGAAGUCGUCGGCUUUCUUGUUUGUUUUUUUGUUUUUUUUUUAAUAUGUGGCCUUCGGUAUUUCAUUUCUAAGUUUGUACGGGCCUAAUUUUGAAGCUACUUUGUAAAACCAUCAAUAAAGUAUGAAUUAUCCAAUGCAA